AUGAUAGCCUUCCUUCUCUUUCUCGCGGUCGGUGUUGUUGCUGUCACCUGCUUCCCUGCGGCCUCUCGGUUGACGAUGAUGAACCUUGUCAUCUUGGCUGCUACACUCUGCAGCUCCGAUACCGUUGCGCCGCUGACAUUUUUGAAAAUGCGAGUUUCAUCGGGAGGCGAAAAAGACGCUGGGGAGAGAAUGACUUCCACUUCGUCCUCCGGGAGAAAUAGCAGCUCCCGUUCUACGUCAAGACCAAUGUCUACUUCGGCGCACGAUGACCGGAGCACGGCGUUUCGGGAACACGCGUCGGAUGACACGGUAAACCCGAAAAGCACGACCACCACUCAGCAGGUGCAGGUCAAAAGUAAAGAGCGCGUUUUCGCUGUGGUAUUUGGCGAGGGUGUGUUCAAUGACGUGGUUUCUGUGCUUCUCGUUUCCGCGGCAAACAGUAUGCCGACAGGUAGCAUGUCUGCUGACAGUGAAGUUGGGAGUAUGCUCUCCAUGUUGGCGACCCUCGUUUGGUUCCUCGGCAGCUCCACUGCAGUAGGCCUACUCUUCGGUGUGGGUAUUUCCUUCGUAUCACGUAAACUCAUGCAGUACCCAAAAGACGAUGCCGCAGUCGCACGUGCAGGCGUCGAGGAAACGAACGCGACAUCAGCCGAUCAUGAUAUACUGGAGCAUGUUACAACAGAAGCUGCACAGAGCGGUGAACAAGAUGAUAGUGGAGGAGGUACUUCCAGUGCUGCGCAUGAAGUUGCGAUUUUGAUGCUCGGUGCCAAUUACACCUGCUACGCUGUCGCAGAGCUACUUGACGUAAGCUCGAUUUUUAUGGCACCAAAGAAAUUUGUAUCUAUACAUGAUUCUUGAGAUUCUCAUUUAUUUUUCAGAAGUUGUAAGAUUGUCUCCCAAGAAGUACGUCAAAACUCGUCGAUCACUGAUGUUGAAACCUCCGGAUAAAGUGAUGUAGUUGUCGUGCUGCUUGUUUCAUCCCCACUAAAUAAAGUUAGUGGCAAGGUUUAUUCAAGUUGUCUUCAAGCUAAAAAAGGUAAGGUGCUUAACUAAAAGUAGGUCAUUGAGACUUGAAUGGUCAGCGGAACAGAGUUUUUCUAACGCUUUGGCGUUGUUUGUGUGCGCGGUGACAUGCGGGCACUACGGGAAGUACAACAUGAGUGAGCAGGCACGGGUCUGUUGUGAGCAUGUAUACCCCACCUUAGCUCAUGCUGCGGAAGGCGCACUUUUUUAAGGGCCGAAACGUUUCAUAUCUCUUUGCACGUUUCGUUGAGCACCACAAUGUUUUCACUCUAAGAAGAAAAUACUACGUGCCGCUAGGAAGGUUUGGAAAAAGAUACGCACUACGUUCCCGCCAAUUAGCCUAUGGGAAUCUGUCACAUAUGAAUCCUCGUUUUAAUCUCUAACCUUUUGGGUAUUUCGGUUUAUGCUUCUGCACGUACUUAGUGAAGAAGCCGGCCGAGGCCGUGCCACGAGGCGCGGGACAGAGGCUGGUCUUGACGCUUGUGCUGCUUUAUGGCCUUUCGCUUGUGGUGAUUCGCUUAUUUGUCGUGUUUUCGUUGGCUGCUAUUGCGCGUCUCGUCGACAAGGCGUUCGCCCCUUGUAGUCGGGAAAAAAAUUAAGAAAAGAUUUCCGAAACAAUGUGUCAAUGUUGUCUAAGUCUAAAAUAUUUAUAUUAACGAUCCUUGCUGUUCUUCACAGUAGCAGGACCAUCAAUGAUAUUAAGUACGUUGAGUUGCAGCGAGGUGCGCAGGUUUUGGUUUCAUAAGCAAACUCAAUUCAUCGAUCCUGCGCAAUGACUCAUCUAAGUAAGAGGCACGGAAAUGAAGAAUAGAGCACAUCAGUGGAAGCCGAAGGAGUUGCGUGAAGCAGAUGCAUCGGGCGGACAAAGCAAGACAAGUCCAUCAGGAUUGCGAGAACAACAACGAGAAAAAGGUUCUAGAACAAGGUCUCCUACGUCCUCUCACAUUGCCUCGGAUUCGUCUCCUGUUUCCAUUUCCAGAAAGGCUGGAGUCGCGAUCGCUGCGACGCCGUUGGAUGAAAGCGGUCUUGAAGAUGUUUGCAUUUGCAUCAGGAGUGGAGAUACAGACGAUAUUACGGAAGACGUGAUGCUUGACCUGCACCUGCGCCCUGCAUCAAGUUCGACGUCAAGAAUAUCGUCGAUUUCAGUCGUUGGCGACGUCGAGGCGUCACAUUUGACGAGCCAGGCACUGUCAAGCGUGACACCAAGCGACACGAGCUUGUUGCGAGAAGACGACAAAAAUUGUUCAACUUUUUCUUUAUCAAAAAUACCGAACAGAGCUUCUACAACAAGCGCUCACGUUGCUGGUCUAUCUCCUGAACAUGAUGAAGUUUCCCGAACAUCUUCUAGUGUAGUUCUCGAGGGUCAGGCGAAUUUGGGGUCCUUCUUACCUGACGAGGAGAAAGAGUCUGCGUCCUCUUCUGCCCAAGAGCACCAGUCCCGUAAUAGAAUUUGUAAGGUGAAGGACGAAGAUCAUAGUGCAGCAAAUAUAAAAGACAGCAACAGGAACGCACGCACGCAUUGUACAACUCCAGAGAGAUCCGGACCGGACGGAGGUGGAGCUCGUAGUUCUACACAGACGUCGACCUCCACCCUUUCUUCGCAGGAUCUCCUUAUAAUCGCAACUGCGGGAAUGAUGCGUGGCACGAUAGCGUUCGCGUUGGUCAUCAAGGCAACACCUUAUGUGGACCAAGUUCUGCUUAAUGAUAUUUAUUAGAAGGAAUUAUCGUAAUAGUAUCUACAUCGUGAUCUUUUUUCAUCCUGUAUUGAAACUGAUGAGUAAAUGUAGAAGUAGUUUGCUCAUACGUGGUCUUAUCACUGUUCUUUCUGCUUCAAAGCUUAUUCUUCAUCCUGCCUAGAAGAUGGCUGUUCAGAGAUGGCAAAUUUGGAAGUCGAAAUUCAUCACUGGGUCGGACGUCCUGGACAUCGUGAUAUGAAACUCAACUGCUUCUACAUCUACGAGACUAGAUCUCUGGCGCAUCCUCUAAACGCCAGUCGAGACGGUGAAGAACGCAGCGAUUGUCCAGAGCACUGUGUUGCUCAUUGUGCUUGGAAAUUGCUGUGUGAUUGGUAUCCUAUUUCCCGUACUUUUGCGGUGCUUAUAUAGGGAAGAAGGCAUAGGCGAAGAAGAAGACACAGCAGUUUUAUGCAUUUUUAGUGUAGUUUGUCGACCAUCCCGCUGUUGAGACAACGAUGAUCCUGGCCCUUUUUUCGAGAGAAAAAAGUGGAGGGAAAAAGCAGUCUGCCGCGAGAGUGUAAGUAAAAGACAAGACCCCCUUCAUAAAGAUAUGGUAGUGGUAGUGCUCUUGCAGCAAGUGCAAGUUUUGGUGCUCGCUCGGCAAGAAGAUACGACAACAGUGAGGGGCUGCAACAACUGCCUACUUCGGAUAGUCACCACCAACGCGACGAGCUAGUUCGUUGUGCUCGAGGCUCAAGCUCCUCGAUAGAGGACGGUCGGCGAAUGACAGACGGCACGCUUUCAAUAACAGACGCGGGAUCUCGAUCCAUAUCCAUGACCGAAGCUGUUCAUCUUCGGAGUCGAACUCCCGCUCGGCCAAAUCGGUUUCACAGGGCUUGGUUGCGUUUUGACGAGCGGGUCCUCAAGCCCUAUUUAGGAGGCCAGCCGCGAGCGCGUGCACGUCCGGAAUGAUAGCAGCGGAAUUACAAAACAUGAUACGAAUAGAUCGCCUCUUUGGGCGUCUGCACAGGUAUCCUGGGCAAGACUCAUACUACUGGAUGUAUUUUUUCCAUUGGGUGUAUGUUGCGAUGUGGUAAUAUUUAUAGAUACCUUUCGUAUACAUUCAUAGCUGUAAUUUGAAUUUGUUUUCUUUACGCAUGAUGAUGAUGAUGAACUACUUGGCAGGCGCAGGUCAGAUUGGAGACAUCAUAUGACAUGAAUACUUGGUAGGCGCAGUACCUCGUUGUGCCUAAUUUGUAGAUAUUGUCCCUCUCCCUCUUUUCUCUGGGCUUUUUUCCUAGAUUGAUUUUCUUUGCUGAUGCGUGUUGUCAUGCAAGGAGCAAAAAGAUUAUUGUCGUUAGAAAUGCUAAGGUUUGUCGAAUAAAUAUCAAGAGAACUUUUUAGUUUGGUCUUCUUGUAUCCGCAUCGCGUUAUUGUCAUUCAAUGGCACUUUACCGAUUCUUGGGUUCGCGCGCAUUGACACUUCAUUUAUAUAUGUAAUAUAUCAAAGACUACAAAAAUGGAUUACUUCUCAAUCUACAUCAUAUGUAAUAAUGUGUGUGCAAGUGCCCAUGCGGUCAAAAACGCAAAGAACAGACACGCGCGUACCUAGUGAUGUUAGUUCUACUAGAUGAUAGACACCUUUUCAUAGAAAGCUGCAGCAAUCAGAC